UGAAGGUUAGCUUUUUCAAGUAAAGUUGCCUUAGAAUUAAUCUCUAGCUUAUCUCCACUUCUACCAAUAUCUAUGAUUAUUAUCUUCUCUCUUGUCUUGUGAUCAUUUCUUCUGGCGAUUUACUUUGCAUUGUUUUUUCUCUUGUCACCAGUUGAAUUAUUCACCGAUUUUCCAAUUACUGUCUUAUUUAAAACAUUUUAAAUAUUGAUUUGACUCUCUUGCAACCUACCGACGUACCAAUAUUUUAAAAUUUGAAUGGAUUAUGACAAACAACUAACACGCUAACUGGGAUCUUUUGUUGAACUUUUGUGAUUGAAUUUUUACAUCUUUAGCAAUGUAAUCACCUAUACCAGACUGUUGGAUAGUUGAGUGGGUAAUCAACAACUGAUCUAGUCAACUACAUCCAAAAUUGAAUGUCGAAUAUACCUAAGCAAAGUUACAUGAUUACGAUAUGCAAUGAAUUAUUAUACCAAAGAGGUGAUUGGUUUAGGUUCGGCUGAGGCAUUAAAGAUACUUCACGAUGAAUUGGAAAAGGAAUUAAGUCACUGCAAGUGUACAUCUCGUUCACGAAGUGGUAUUUGUGUCUGGCUUAGUGAAAGCUUUUAUCAUUCAAGUGUCUCAUCAACCUUUCGUUGGCCGAGCAUUCUCUUGACAGCCUUCACCUUAAUUGUUUUCAUCAUCAAUUAUGGUUACUCAAAAGAGCACUCACUUUUGCUACAGUCUCUCAUCUUAUUGUUUUUCCUUAUCUUCAAUGUUCUACUUACUGCAUGGGAUACUUGGAUGAGACACCAAGAACUUCAUAACAAAUGUCGAUUAUUAUCUAAAAAAAUUAAAAACUGUUCAGAAAGAUCUCAAUUGAUAAAUGAGUGGAAAACUGGUAAAUACUAUCCUAAUCUAUACUUACCUCAAUCACCAUGCAUCACUCUUCAAUGGACAUAUCGAGAUAAUCAGCGAGUUAAUCUGCCAACUUCCUUGUUAGUUAAAGGAGAUGUUAUUCUCAUGUGUCCUGGUCAUGCAGCUCCUGGUCUUUGUAAAAGUUUGGAACAAAUUAAUGCCCCCAAUGAAGGUGAACCUUCAUACCUCGAGCUUAAACGGGGUGGUCGUUUGGGAUCAACCGUUGAACAAGGUCCCAUGUCAUUUACUGGUGCUCGUCUUCGCAAAGCGGCCAAACCAAUUAAAUUUGUUAUGUUAGAGACACCAUAUAUCUCUGGUUUACGACUAGCACUUGACCAAUCAUGGCAUCGUCCAGCAACUCUCUAUGAGAAGGAACGUCACACCAUCAUAACCAAAUAUAUAGAGAGAAUAAUUAUACCUUUGGUUUGGUUAGUUGUCUUUACCGUCAGUAUUAUUCACUAUGGUUACAGUUCCGGUUACAAAGUCAAUGUCUUCGCUGAAUCAUUUUUUGUCCUCCUUCUUCGUCCCACAUCAUGUCUUCUACCUCUUCUUCCAUUGACACUUCCUUCUCUAUGGUUAGUCGUUAAUGCUUUUGGAGUUGCCCAUCUUUUCAACUUAAUUAAAUCACGACCGAUGGUCAAAGAAUCUGGCAAUGCAAAUUUUUCACUUGGAUCGCCUGGAAGUUAUUGUGGUCGGGAUGAUGCCACUGUCAGUGGUAAUAUUAAUGUUGAUUUAGCUGCUAGUAGUGGAUCAGCUGGUUACGAACCUGGUAAUGUUGAUGGUGAUAAUGUCAAGCUGAAACGUCAAGCAGAUCCAUUUUUCGUUGACCUGGAUUCAAAUUCUUCCAUAGAUUUAUCGACUCCUAUUCGAUUAACUUGGAGUGAGCUUUAUAAAACUGUUGUAGACUUGCUUACUUGUCGUGAUGGUAACCUCUGGAGAUCAGCAAAUAUACUUCAAAUUUUCGGAAGUAUAACAGCGCUUUGUUGUGUCGACAAAAAAGGGAUCCUUUCAUGGCCCAAUCCAAGUGCAGAUAAAGUUUUCUUUUUAACUUCAAAUUCUAACAAACAUGGUUCUUCAAUUGAAACUAAUCCAGAUUAUUUGAUCGAUGACAAUGACGAUGAUAUAUUUGUUGAUGAAGUCAGUUACAGAAAUUCGAAAAACAACGAGUCAGUUAAAGAUAGCUCCAGUAAAGCAAAUAAAAAAGACAAAUACGUGAGUAAAGCUGAAGUGCUAGACAUCACACAUGACAUUUAUAACAGCUUUGGCUUGCAAUUCGAUGAUCCUGAAUGGCCUAGGUUUCUUCCUAAUUUAAAACCUCUUGGAUUAGCAAUUCUAUUAAAUACCUGUAACAUGGAUGCUCAAGAAGAAUACAAUCUUUUCUGUGAUCAUAUUACUUGCGAAUCGAUGAGAAACGAAGCAUCCGUCCCCGUUAUCAAUAAAAGAUGUCUUUGUGAAUUAUCAAGGAUCAUGGGUUUUACGGAAAAAGCGAUAACAGACUAUCGCUAUAUGUUUCAAAUAUCUUCUUUUCGUCAUGUUAAACCUGAAGUAAUACAACAAGGGAAACUCGCACAACUCAACUUUCCCCGGUUAAAGAUGCCUUUUCCAAAUAUGACAUCAGCCGUGAUUCGUGAUAUUUGUACUGGUUCAUAUCAACUUUUUUCACAAGGAAAUGGUGAUUUUAUCCUAGAUGCUUGCACCGAGUUUUGGGAUGGACAAGAUCUCUGUGGUCUCACCGAACCUGAUCGUAAAAGAAUUCUCGAUUUUUAUCAUCGUUCUAGUUUAGCUGCAUAUUGUAUGGCCUUUUCAUAUGUACCUCUCAAUACUUGUCCUGAUCGACGGUUGAACAAUGAUUUUUUCAUUGAACUACCCCCUGAUAGUCGUCAUGUUUUUCAAUCACAAAAAAAUCUCAAUUCAUCUGUUCGCUCAUGGGAAGCAAGAGAUACAAAUUGCGCUCGUCCUUUGGCGAGUCAUCAUUUGAGUACCGAUUCACUUACCACAAAAGAAGAAAAGGCAGAACAAGUUGAUGAACCAAAUGGAGCACAAAAUGCCAAUUAUACUCGUUCAAAAUCUGCUUCUUCAACUGCCUCUGUUGAUGGCUAUCAUUUUGAAUCACUCAUUAAUCAAUUAACAAACCAAGUUUUCAUAGGAAUGGUAACUAUGCAAUAUCAAGCCUGUCCUGACUUUGUUACUCUUGUGGAGCAACUUGAUAAAGCCUGUAUUCGAUUUGUUCAUUUCUCAAAAGAAAAUGAACUAAGAAGUCGAGUUUUCUCCGAAAAAAUGGGUCUUGAAGCUGGAUGGAAUUGUCAUAUUUCUUUGCUGAGUGAAACCGCUUCCAAAGAAAUAAAUAUGAAUGCCUCUCAAUCCCAUGUUAAUAGUUUCAAGGGCUCCAAAGUAUCAAUUCAUCCAAACUCUGAACCUAAUGUAGCUCUUGUUAGAACUCAAAGUGCACCAAGUUAUUUUAAUACUGACCCGAGUACAGUAAGGUUUGAUAAAAGUCCUUUGAAGGAACAAUCAUCAUCAAUCAUCAUCACAACUGAAGAAGACAAUAAUAUUGAAAGUGAUAGAAACAAAAUUGAGCCACUCGAUAAUGAUGAACAUCUGAACCCUACUGGUAGUCGCACACAUAAUGGAGGAAAAGAAAAUUUCAUGAUGGAAAGUGACAGCGAAGAUUGUCGAAGUAAAAGUUGGUCUGAAGUUUCAACCUCACCGAGUCAUAUAACAGAAAGUACAAAUACCGAGCGAAGUGCUCCAAUAACUUUUGACGUGGCUAAUAGAGCUAAACUACCAAAAGGGAUCGAACAAAUCAGGCCACAUCUCAAAGAAGUUGAUAAUGUUCCUCUGUUAGUAUCACUUUUUACCGACUGUACUCCACAAACAACACGCGAAAUGAUCGAAAUUAUGCAAGAAAAUGGAGAAGUAGUUUGCGUUAUAGGAAGUGCUGCUAAUGUCCAUAAUAUACCAAUUUUUCUACAGACUGAUGCCAGCAUUGGAAUCGAACCUUUGUAUCCACAAAUCUGUGUCAGAGAACCUGUAACUAAAGCAUCAGGAAAACCAUAUAAAGGAUUCAUCUCACCUACAGAUAUUAGUAAUCAACUAAACACAUUGCCCUGCUCCAUCUGUUUUCAUCGGGAAGAUUCAAUUAGCAUUAAUCGUAUUAUCAUGGAAGCUCGACACUAUAUGAUGAAUGCUCGAAACUGCCUUCAAUUUUUCUUUAGUUGUUCAUUAAGUUUAAGCUUGGCUCAACUUUUUGGUUUCCUAUUUUUCCUCCCACCUUUACUUUCUCCUGGUUCUGUUCUAUGGCUGGUCACAAUUAUUUUCCCUCUGCUUAGCCUUUCUCUCAUGGGAACCCCGCUGGACACACAAGUGAUGAAUCAAGCUACUGGAAAAAAUUUAAACUUGAGUCGUGAAAGUAUAAUUUACUUCUUGAUGUGUUAUUUAAUCAAGUUUUGUCCAUCUACCAUGAUUGUUGUCACUUCUUUUGCACUUAUUAUUAAUGAUGCAUGCAAAAAAUCAAUUGGAGAAGACACUAAAUCAUCUGGACCUUGCUGGAUGCUAAUUGAUGCCAAUGUUACUCUCAGUGGAGCUGACAAGUUGAAUAAUCCUGUCUUGAUGGCUCAAACAUUUUCAGUAGUUUGUAUAGUUAUUUAUUUCACUAUUAUUUCAAUUGGUUUUGUUCAUCGAUCUCAUCUUCUCUGGCGAAGAAGCCCAUUUGCGAAUAGAUGUUGGGCUUUCAUGUCUAUCAUCUUAUUAAUUAUAAAUUUACUUUUCUGUUUGGCUCAAGUUUAUCUCUCUCAUGAUACUCCAUUAUUUUUAAGUGAAUAUCUUUCAACCAUACCACCUUACGUUUUCAUACUCGCAUUCCUUUGGCCAAUAGCUUUGAUUAUUAUAAACAGCCUUGUUAAAGGUCACGAAAUUAAAAUAUCAGAGCGACAACAAAGACGAGCUCGUCUUGAAUUUGGCACAAAACUAGGAAUGAACUCACCAUUUUAAAAUAUUAGGUCGCUUUAAUUCUACCAUUAGAGAACUCAACUAGGAAGUCGCGACGAUUCAAGCAACAAACAAGACAUACGCUUUUAAAUCCAAGUCACAAAAAAAUUAUUGUAAAUAUAUACGGAAAAUUAUCUAUUAUAACAGUUAUCUCUUCUCUAAUAUAUUAAUACCGUUUUGGUAUUUUUCUGUCAAAA